ACGAAAUGAAGGGGCGUGGCUACUAGACUCGUGGACUACGGUAUAAAAGGGACUCACUUGAUGACUGGAGCAUCACACUUCGUCUCUACCUCCAACAUGUUCACUAAGACUGUCGUUGCCCUCGCCCUCGUGGCCUUUGCUGCCUCUGCUCCGUCUCAGCCAGCUUACGGUUAUGCUCCUCAACCUGCUUACGAGGUCCCUGCUAAGUAUGACUUCAACUAUGCAGUGAAGGACGACUACUCUGGCAACGACUUCGGUCACCAGGAGGCCCGUGAUGGAUAUGACACUCAGGGUUCCUACUACGUUCUUCUUCCCGACGGUCGUCUGCAGAAGGUCGCUUACACUGUCAACGGCGACUCCGGCUAUGUGGCUGAGGUCAGCUACGAGGGUGAGGCUCAGUACCCUGAGUACCAUCCUGCUCCUGCCUACAAGCCCGCCCCUGCUUACAAGCCAGCACCCACUUACCAUGCCGCUCCUGCCUACAAGCCUGCCCCUACCUACGAGCCUGCUGCUAAUUACGAAACCACUCCAGCCUACGCCUACGCACCUGCCUACAAGCCUGCCCCUGCCUACAAGCCUGCCCCUGCCUACAAGCCUGCCCCUGCCUACAAGCCUGCCCCUGCCUACAAGCCUGCCCCUGCCUACAAGCCUGCCCCUGCCUACAAGCCUGCUCCUUCUUACCAUCCCGCACCUGCCUACAAGCCUGCCCCUGCCUACAAGCCUGCCCCUGCCUACAAGCCUGCCCCUGCCUACAAGCCUGCCCCUGCCUACAAGCCUGCCCCUGCCUACAAGCCUGCUCCUUCUUACCAUCCCGCACCUGCCUACAAGCCUGCCCCUGCCUACAAGCCUGCCCCUGCCUACAAGCCUGCCCCUGCCUACAAGCCUGCCCCUGCCUACAAGCCUGCCCCUGCCUACAAGCCUGCCCCUGCCUACAAGCCUGCCCCUGCCUACAAGCCUGCCCCUGCCUACAAGCCUGCUCCUUCUUACCAUCCCGCACCUGCCUACAAGCCUGCCCCUGCCUACAAGCCUGCUCCUUCUUACCAUCCCGCACCUGCCUACAAGCCUGCCCCUGCCUACAAGCCUGCCCCUGCCUACAAGCCUGCCCCUGCCUACAAGCCUGCCCCUGCCUACAAGCCUGCUCCUUCUUACCAUCCCGCACCUGCCUACAAGCCUGCCCCUGCCUACAAGCCUGCCCCUGCCUACAAGCCUGCCCCUGCCUACAAGCCUGCCCCUGCCUACAAGCCUGCCCCUGCCUACAAGCCUGCCCCUGCCUACAAGCCUGCCCCUGCCUACAAGCCUGCCCCUGCCUACAAGCCUGCCCCUGCCUACAAGCCUGCCCCUGCCUACAAGCCUGCCCCUGCCUACAAGCCUGCCCCUGCCUACAAGCCUGCCCCUGCCUACAAGCCUGCCCCUGCCUACAAGCCUGCCCCUGCCUACAAGCCUGCCCCUGCCUACAAGCCUGCCCCUGCCUACAAGCCUGCCCCUGCCUACAAGCCUGCCCCUGCCUACAAGCCUGCCCCUGCCUACAAGCCUGCCCCUGCCUACAAGCCUGCCCCUGCCUACAAGCCUGCCCCUGCCUACAAGCCUGCUCCUUACCAUCCCGCACCUGCCUACAAGCCUGCCCCUGUAUACGAAUCUGCCCCUACCUAUGAGACCACCCCAGACUAUAAGCCUACCUACAAGUACAUCACCUUUGUCGUGAAGGAAGACUACUCCGGCAACGACUUCGGUCACCAGGAAGCCCGUGAUGGCUACGACACGAUGUUCCUACAGUUAAAGGCUGUUGUUGCCCUUGCCCUCGUGGCUGUUGCUGCUGCUGCUCCUUCUCUGCCAACCUAUGGAUAUGCUCCUCAGCCUACCUAUGAGGUCCCUGCCAAAUACGACUUCAACUAUGCCGUGAAGGAUGACUACUCCGGCAACGACUUCGGUCAUCAGGAGGCCCGUGAUGGCUAUGACACUCAGGGUUCUUACUACGUCCUCCUUCCCGACGGUCGUCUGCAGAAGGUCGCCUACACUGUCAACGGCGACUCCGGUUACGUGGCCGAGGUCAGCUACGAGGCGUAUGGCUAUGCUCCUCAGCCUACCUACGAGAAUAUGACGAUAGCGUACAUCACCUACGUCGUGAAGGAAAACUACUCCGGCAACGACUUCGGUCACCAGGAAGCCCGUGAUGGCUACGACACGAUGUUCUUACAGUGUUCUUCCCGACGGUUGUCUACAGUGUCAACAGCGACAGGAUACGUGGCCGAGGUCAACUUGGAGGGUAGGAGCAGGCUCGUAGGUAGGGGCGGGCUUGUAGGCAGGUGCGGGAUGGUAAGCAGGAGCAGGCUUGUAGGCAGGAGCAGGCUUGUACUCGGGGUACUGGGCCUCGCCCUCGUAGCUUACUUCGGCUACGAAACCGGAGUCGCCGUUGACAGUGUAAGCGACCUUCUGCAGACGACCGUCGGAAAGAAGAACAUAGCAGUCGUUGCCCUCGCCAUCGUGGCCGUUGCUGCUUCUGCUCCUUCUCAGCCAGCUUACGGUUAUGCUCCUCAGCCUACUUACGAGGUCCCUGCCAAGUACGACUUCAACUAUGCAGUGAAGGACGACUAUUCCGGAAAUGACUUCGGUCACCAGGAAGCUCGCGACGGUUAUGAUACUCAGGGUUCUUACUACGUCCUCCUUCCCGACGGUCGUCUGCAGAAGGUCGCCUACACUGUCAACGGAGACUCCGGUUUCGUAGCCGAGGUCAGCUACGAGGGCGAAGCCCAGUACCCUGAGCACAAGCCUGCCUACAAACCUGCUGGUGCUUAUAAGCCUGCUCCUGCACACCAGCCUGCACCUGCCUACAAGCCCGCCCCUACCCACGAGCCUGCUCCUACCUACGAGACCACCCCAGCCUACGCAUAA